AUGAUAGACGAGACUUCAAUUGAUAUAGUUAUCUCUGGGCUCAAAGGGCUUUAUGAGAAAUUAGCAAUCAAGGAAAAGAGACAUCAGCAAGAGUCUUUUAAUGAUCAGGAUGGAAUGUGGUUUGAAAGUGAAAAGGACAAAUGCUUGACUUCAUUGAAGGAGUUAUUUCUAUAUAGAAUGAAUGCUAAUCGGGAGAAGAGGCUAAAGUAGAAUGAAAAUAAUAUUUGUAUUCGUGGAGUGACUAGGGUUUUCUGGGUAACCAAGAUUAUGGUUUACUUAUCACUGGAAGAGAGUCUGAGAAUGAGUUAGGUUUGUGUGUAUUUUAAUGUGCUAGUUCGAUCACCUCUAUUUAUAAAGUUCAUGGUCUAGAUCAAUGAGAGAACAAAGAUUGACAUUUCUCUGAACACCUUUGAGACUAUGGAGCAUAAAAUUAUAGCAUCUCAUUCAAGACACAAGAGUCAUAUGCCUUAGUACGAUUAAAAAUUCAAAUCUGGAGGGGGAGGCAUUUCAGGUCAUUUCAAUUCAAACAAUCCAGGUGGCCAAGGAAAGUAAAGAGAAGAUAAUGAGGCUUAGAUGGAAGUUUUAAAGAAUGUGAAGAUUUUCCUUACAGAUAAAAUCAAGAAAAACGAAGAGGUCAUUAAGACUCUCUAGAAUGAUGUUGAGAUAAUGAAAAAUUAUUUAAGAAUAGAGAAGUAGCUUAACAGCAAGACAAAGUAGCUUCUAAGCAACAAAGAAAGGGAAUUAGAUGAACUAAGAAGAGAAUACUUAGAUAAGGAGCAAGACUAGAGGCAAAAGAUUAACGAACUUUCGAGUAGGAAUUCAGAAAAAGAUAAGUCAAUUGAAGAAUUGAAUAAUCAGAAAAAGACUUUAAAGCUGCAUAAGAAGGUACUUAAAGAGGAGGUACUCAGACUCAGGAAAGAAUUGAAUGAAGUGGAGAUCAAAGCUCAUAAUAAGACUGUUGCUUUGAGAAGCUUGGCAGAUUUCUUCAAUAAUUAGACUAUGGACUUGAAAAAUUCUAGGUUCUUUAAUGAAAAUGAAUGA